AUGUCUCAAGGGGACUGGGCUGAAGGGGGGGGGGAGCACGGUGCAUCGCCUCGUGAAGAUGCGAAUGAGAAGACCGAGGGCCAGAUCUUCGUCAUGACUGGACUCCGACUGGAAGGCAAAAUGGGAUGUCCUCAACCCCAACAGGGCGAGGGGGCGGAGGGACUAUUGCCACAUUGGGGAAGAUGGAUCUUUGAAGGACGUGCCGAUCUCCCUCGUUGA